AAAUUCACUUACAUCUAGAAUUUUCUAGUAAUACUCGGGAGGGACUAAACGCACGCAUUGGCAAUAUUCCUCGUACAUAUAUAAACCCAAACAAAAUAGACUGAAAAUCGAAGAUGUUCAAGAAGGCGGUGGAAGCUAAGUCUCAACAGAGACUAUCCGGUGCCGACAGAAAGAAGCUCAAACGAACCGUUAAACAAAAAUUCCCAACAGCUUCUGAUUCUGACCUAGACACUUUACUUCCUCCUAAGGCAGAGAUAACAGUGGCCAAGUUUCAAACCAGAGUUCAUGUGUAUGCUGUGGAGGGAGGUUUUCCUGUGUUUUUCGACAUUGAUGGCCGCGGUUCGGAUAUUUUCCCAACAGUUUAUGCUCUCUGGAUGGUGCCUGAUUUGCUGCCAGCUUUCAUACUCAAGGGCGGCGAGGUUUCCCGGUAUGUUAUAGGUGGAGCUGACUUGAUGUUCCCUGGUAUACUUGUGCCUCCUGAAGGUCUUCCAUCAUUUGCGGCCGGGGAAACAUGGGCGGUUAAAGUACCCGAAAAUCCUGCUCCUAUUGCGGUUGGGAGUACCACAAUGAGCAGUGCCGAAGCAUUGAAAGCUGGAUUGCGUGGAAAGGCAUUGAGAAUAACUCAUUAUUAUCGUGAUUUGCUAUGGGAAUCGGUUGAAGGCCGUUAUGUGCCUAAUGCAGGGUUUUUGGAAGAUGUUGUGUUUGGCCAUCCUUCUUUAUUAUCGCCACCUUCUCAUGAUGGUGAUUUGACUGAGGCCGCAUGUGAGACAUCAAUUGACCAACAGGACAACACGAAAAGUGAUGAAGCGGAGGGAUCAUCGGAUGUAAAUGAAUUACCAUCUGACUCCAGCCAUGCAUUGACAACACCAAACAAUCAUGAAAUUACGGCAGAUGAAAUAACUGCUGGUGUGGUUGAUUUGAAGUUACCUGAUAAUGACUCUCCUAAUGAACCAAAUGACCAACAUACUUUAUCAACUUCAGAUGUAGAUUUGCUGUUAGAUAAGUGCCUUUUGCAAGCACUGCAUACAACAUUGAAGGAUAAUAAAGACCUUCCAAUUCCUGGAAGCACUCUAUGGUCAAACCAUGUAUUGCCAUGUAGGCCUUCAGGAAUAACUUUAGACAUCAAGAAGUCGUCUCACAAGAAGCUAUCUAAGUGGUUACAAGCAAAAGCUUCCUCUGGCUUGAUAUCAGUGAAAGAAGAUAAGCAUAAAAAAGAAGUCGUGCUAUUUUCAGUUAACCGAAAACAUGCUGAUUAUUCAUCCUUUAAGCCUGAAAAAAGGCCAGUGGAGAAACCUGACCAGUCCAGUGUCCAAUCUGUCAAUGAAACUCGUUCGUCCAAAACUCUUGAAGUAGCUGAAAUCUACAAGCCAAGCGUACAUGUCAAUCCCAUAUUUUCAUCUGUUGGAGCUGAUACAGGGAAACUUUAUACUGCUUCUGAAGCCACUGAUAUUGUCUUCGCAUAUGUUGAAAAAGAAAAUCUUGUGAAACCAACAAAUAAAUCCCUUGUGAUUCUAGAUGCAACGUUAUGUGAUGCACUGUUCAAGGGGGCUAUUAAAAAAGGAACUACUUAUCCUACUGAAAUUCACAAGAAAGAUAUAGGGCAAACAUUUGUGAACCGAAUGCAACCUCACCAUGUUGUGACAAGAGGGAAUGAAUCUGUAGUUCGUAAAGGUGCACUUAAAACAAUUCAAAUAAUGACAGAAAGACGGCAAGGCAACAAGAAGGUAACCAAACUAUCUGGUAUGGAAUCAUUUCUUAUAGAUGGUGAAGCAUUAGCAUCAGAACUUCAGAAGAAAUUUGCUUGCAGUACCACUGUUGGAGAACUACCAGGUAAGAAAGGGCAAGAGGUUCUGGUUCAAGGUGGAGUCAUUGACGACCUGGGGAGGCAUUUGGUGGAACAAUAUGGAGUUCCAAAGAGAUUUAUUGAAGUUCUUGAUAAAACCAAGAGAUGAGCUCUACAAUAAAAGUAGUUGUUUGAAAUACUUUGUGGCAAUGCUGGGAAUGCUUUGCUUGGAUUCAGGAAAUGUAAUGCAUUUUUGCACUUUUGGGUAUUUAUUUUAGUUUUAAGUUAAUACAGAAAGAGUAAACUCAGAAUUGGAAUGGACAAAGGUUCUUUCCAAUUCAAAUAUUUGACGUUUAUAAUUUAUAAGAUUAUUUCGAAAA